AUGAAAGCUAUUCAAUGGUUUGUUUAUUAAGAAAAAUGUAUUUAUAACCUCAUCAAGAAUAUCUACAAUGUUAAAAAAUCCUAUGAUUUAAUUUUAGAAGGAAUAACAUAUUUGCUUAAAAGUUGUCUAUUUUAUAUAAGAACAGAUUUUUUUAAGUGCUUUUAUAUUUUAUAGAUUACUACUUCACUAUCAAAAGUGAUCUUUAGCUUCCAUUUAAUGAAUGAAUAAAGAUAUAUGAAAUUUGUUACGAAACAUGAACUAAUAGACAUUUGUGAUGAAAUAAAAUAAUAAAUUGAUAUAGAGAAAGAAUGA